AACUAAAGAAGCAUAUUGAGAUUAAGCUUGAAAGUUGAAACUAGUGAGUGAAGAAAAAUUAAGAAACAGGUCUUAAACAGUUAAAUCGAGCGACAAAAAGAGUAAAGUAAUGAGGGAAUUUCAGGUGAAGUUUUAUCAUAACUUUGUUACUAGUAUUCUGGUAAAGAAAGACUUUCAAAGCAAAACUCUGCUUUUUUACCGAAUCGAAGCCCCCAAUCUCCAUCUCUAUAAAAUAGUUUUACAUGAGGAUCGCCGGUCACAGAGCAAGAGAAGAUUUUUAAAAGGUUAUUGUGAUCGUGUUUAUUUCAUCCUCAAUUUUUAUAAAAUGAAAUAUUUAUUGUAUGGAGAGUAAGAAAGAGAAAGAAAUAUGGUAUGGUGCAAAUUAUAGUGAAAAACUUCAAUUUGAUAUCCACCAUUAAAUUUAAGGACGGAAAAUAUAACGAUGCAAUCGAAAGUUGACUUAUAUAUUUUAGUUGCAACUAAAAAGACUUACGGGUCGUUUGGAUGCAGUAUUUUGAUGAGGUAAUUUGGUCAAAAUAACUCAGAAUGAAGUAUUUCAAUCAAAAUAACUCGUUUGGCAAAAAUAAAGUAGAAUGUGGUAUUUUGUCCAUGAGUCAAUUGAAAUAACUCAUUGUGAGUUAUUUGAAAUAUCUACCCACCCCCUAGUUAUUUCAAAUACCUCAUCUCCCAACUUCUUUUUCCACUUCAUCCCUUCUUUAAUUUGUGAAAUACCACAAUAUUUGAAUGUUUUAUCCAAACAAGGCAAUUACACUAAUUACCAUAUUUCAAAAUGAAAUACCACAUGAAAUGCUACAUAGCAAAAUAAUACAUCAUUUGGAUUCGAAAUACCAUAGAACUAAAAUGAUGCAUCCAAACAACCCACUGUUUAGUAUGCGGUGCAAUUAACAGAUAAGAAUGGUUGGUUCCGCCCGCGUGAGUAUUAAUCAAUUUUAUUCGCGCUUAAUGGAGUACGUACCAAACGGCCGAAAAAAUCAAAGACAAACGACUGUAACUUCUCGACUUCCGAACAAUCUUCAGUACACAGUAGUUCUCCCCUAUUCUCAUAUGGCCGUUCAUCGGGAAACAAAAAUGGAGUCCCUGCCGCCAAAUCCUAUGCGGGCGAAGGUAGAUCAGCCACAGCCGCGGCCCAUCCUUCCCCCAGAACUCAUCGCCGAAAUCUUCACUUGGUUACCCGUCGAUUCACUGCUCCGAUUCAGGUGUGUCUGCAAAUCGUUCAAAACCCUAAUUUCCAGUACCGAUUUUGUCAAAUCACAUAUGAGAAGCAGGAAAGCUCUGUCCAAUACCAGACCCAACCGCGCCGAACGUCUCUUCAGGCGAUCAAUGAGCUUUUUUAUGAGGCGGGAGCGCGAUAUAGAUUGCCGUGUGCGUUCGUGCUCGCUUUACGCUGUGUACAAUAACCCCCAAAUUGAUCUUCCGGAGCUUGGGUCUUUGCUGGAUCAAGAUUACGACUUUCAUGAUAGGAUUAUUGGAUCAUGCGAUGGGUUACUAUGCUCUGUAAUCUACCCAGAUCACGAUGUGGUCGUAUGGAACCCAUCUACCAGGGUUUCCAGAUCAUUGCCCAACUAUGAACCUGGCUUUGACCAUUGGAGAAGCAGCUGUUACACGGUUUUUGGAUUUGGCUAUGAUUUCCAGCUUGAUGAUUACAAGGUGGUGGCAGUGCUUGCCUAUCGAGAUGAUAAGCAAGGUAAUGACAUUGAGUAUCAAACUUCAGUUUAUGUCUUUUCUUUAAGAACUCGAGCUUGGAGGAAGAUGGGGGGUUUUCACUACGGAGUUCCUUUAAUGGGGGAUGCAAAGUUUGCUGCUGGCAGUCUUUACUAUAAAAUGUCAAUGUCUCCAUUUGGUGCCCUUGUCUCACUUGAUCUAGCAACAGAGACAUAUGACAAGGUGGUGCUACCUGAUCUGGGCAAGGAUACUACCCACUGGGAAUUGGAGACAUUAAUCGACCGCCUUAGCGUCAGUUGUUUCAAUAACGACGGUUUUUGCACGGUAUGGGUGAUGAAAGAGCUUGGAUGGACCAAGUUGUUCCGAGUUGGUGGGUUCCGUGGCGAGUUCUGCUAUCCACUGUACAUAUCAGACAUUGGUGAGGUUCUUUGGGAGACGUAUGGAAGUUUGAUCAUUUACAAUUACAAGGAUAAGAGCUGCAGGUUACUUACAUCCGAAGUCUUGAAAAAUCAAGACCGUGAUACUACGGUAUACAUGGAGACUUUGGUUUCGCCCAUGAUGAUGAAUUAGCAGAGUGAGGUAGGUUCACAACCGUACUUGGAUCAUGCGCUUGAUCCGUCAUCCGAUAGGCUGCAUUGUUGACUUAUUGUUCUUGUUUGCCUUGCCAUCCAGCUGAUCAUCUGUUGCAAUCAGCCUGCAGAAAGGAAUAGGAAUUGUUUGACUGCUCUGUAAUUAGAGUUGCAUUUGCGGAAAUAUGAAAUUACUCCAUCUAUUGUCUUGACUAAAGAUAGGGCAACCGACUUCUUUCUGCUCCAUGUUAACCUCGUUUAACUUGAACCUUGUGGCUUGUUGCAGGUACCAUUAGCUAUAUGGAAACAUUGUGCUAUCAUGGUUACGGCGAGGAGCAAAGUAGUAGUACGUUUCAGUUAGAUGUGUGUGUAUGAUUCACCAUUAUAAAAAAAAAAAUGAUUAUAUAAUGCAAUCCUUGGAUCAAUGCUCAACUCGUGCUGCUGCUGCAAGGCAACCUUUUUUUUUUUUUUUUUUCCCAUGUUCUUGUACUGGUAACCUCUUUUUCUUCAUCAAGCAUGUAAAUCCAUGGAUUCACAACUAUGGGUGAACAUAAGAUCAACCGUAAGUUCGUUUUAAACUAGUAAUGUCUUACAGGUAAAAUUGUAAAUUGUGCAAGUGUUUCCCUAUAGGAAUGUAACUAGGGGUGGGAUUUGGUACGCCGGUAAACGGUUUACCGUUUUACCGAACCGUUUACCCGUUUGUAUCGGCAAACCGUUUACCGGCGGUAUCGGCGGCCGAGCGGCGAAUUGGGUGGGUCGGUAUACCGAAACCGGUAUCGGUAAAUACCGACGGUAAUUCGGUAAUACCGAAUACCGAACCCCAAAAUGAGCGGCGAUCAUCGAGCCUCUUCCCCCACCUUCGCCAGCGCAGACGGAAGGCAGUUCUGAAUUCUAAUGAUGACGAUUGAGGGAGACAUGCGUUUUAUCCACUGUUACACUCCUUGCUUCCACUUCUAUGGACUGGAACUGUAAAUUCAGUUCCAAAGAAGAACAAUCUGCUGCUGCUCCCGCUUCGGGCUUCAUCGGAACUCAACUCUCUCCGGUCAGCUGCUUCUCUCGUUAUCCGCUUUUCCAUUGCUCCAACCUGAAUUUCCUUUCUCGUCUUCCUAUCUAUCUUGCUUCCCACUCUCACUUGGUCGAGGGGAAAAACGAAUUACCCCCGGAGUUGCAUUCAAUCGGUUACAGGGAAAACGAGUGAACACUUCCAAAUUGUCUGGUUUAGUUUUUCUUUUAUCUUGGGAUAUUAAUAAGAAUUCCUAAGGGCGGAAAUGAGUAGGUCACUCUGGGGGUUGAAUUCAGGUUACGUCCUGAUAAAACGUAUCAAUGGGAUUUGCAGGUCAGAGGUGUCGCUCUGUGUUGGAAGUCACCUCAUUCCACAUCCCAACAAGGUAGACAGUGGUAGUAAAUUUUGUUCCAUUAAGUUCGACAUUGGCCGAUUCUCUUCUUGUGCCCUCAUACGAGCUCUUUUCUUCUCCACUAACAGAAUUUCGGUUCGGUAAAUGGUCGGUAAACCGGACCGAAAAACCGCCCCACGUCGCCCUUUGCGGUAAUUCGGUAAACCGGUUUGUAACCGUUUACCGAUAAUUCGGUAAUCGGUAAACCGGUUACAAACCGGUAUCGGUAAACGGUAAACAGUUUGGCCAACGUCUGUAUACCGAAACCGGUAAAUUCGGUAAACGGUUUACCGUUUACCGAACGAUUCCCACCCCUAAAUGUAACAUUGUGAGAUGUUAAAUAUCUUAAUCUGCGAUUUGAACAAUACUGAGUAUGAGAGACUUGCAAUUCAGUAAAUGCUGGUGAUAUGU